AAACAUAAUUCAUUCACAGAAAUACUUUUUUUUUGUCAGUCUUUUCAAGCAUAAUGUAGCUGCAAGUGCAUUGUAAUAAUUCAGCAUAAUCCGUUUCAAAUCACCAAAUCUCUCAUUCAUUUGUUUGAGAAGAAAUCGUGUUAAAUAAGCAAAAAUCAAAUUCUAGAAAUUAAGCAGAGCAUGGGAUACAUAAGCAACGUUCAUAUUGUUAAUUACAUUAGGUUAUAAGAAAGAGCAGAAAAUAGAAGGGAGAUAAAAGAGAAGUAGUUGAAUAUUUCGGGUCUGUGUAUAAUAGGCUCAAAAGACUUUUUGGUUUACUACGAAUUGCCAUAAAGAACACCAAAUGCAUUUUAAAUGAGCGAAUUAUUUCAAAACUACUUGUUUAUUUUUUUUUUCUUCCGCAGUAUGCCAAAGCAAGCUUCGAUAAGAGAUCACUUUCAGAACAAACACGAUCGCGCACUUUCAGAGAAACAACAGUCAGUCAAUAAAAAACACGCAUUAUUGCCAACAAAACCUAUAAAAAUCAAACAAGACAACCAUGUACUAAUACAGCACAUUAUUGAGCGAGAAGCAUCUUCUUUCUUUAAGAAACAACGACAGGCUCACAUGAUGCAAACAAAGCCAACUUAUCCAACUCGAUCUCUUGAAAAAAAUGAAAUAGAAGCGCUUAUGGACCGAAAUUUUGGUCAAACAUGGCAUAAAGAUCGUUGUUGUCAAUAUUUAAUGCAACAUCAUGCACCUCAAGAAAAGACAGCGGUUUUAUGGAAAGAUAAAUAUCUGCCAAAUCAAAUUGAAGGUUUACUUGGCAACAUGUCUAAUUACCAGUUCCUGGUUCAGUGGCUUAACCAGCUUAAGAUUGAUACACAACAUACCAAAAUGGGAUCCAAUUUGAUUCUUAUUGUUGGUAAGCACGGUGUAGGCAAGACAGCCAGUAUAUACACAAUAGCCAAGGAAAUGGGAUACUCUGUAUUUGAAAUCAAUCCUUCUACUAAAAGAUCGGGCAAAGAAGUACUUGAUAGUGUAGGCGGUAUGACAGAAAGCCAUCUUGUUCGAUUUGAUGCCAUGGAUCUAGAGAAAAAGCGUAAAUUUGAACAAAGGGAAGCCAUUGUGAUUAGAGACAGAGUCAAGAAACCAAAAAUGGACAUUACUCGGCAUUUCAAGCCAGUGAAUGAAAAGAAGUCUAUAGAAGAGAAUAAACAAGAAUUAGAUCUUGAUCGACAUACGGUGAUGAAGAGCAAUUACAAGGCAACAGAAAGCUUGAUUUUGUUGGAAGAAGUCGACAUUUUGUUUGAAGAAGACAAGGGAUUCUGGCAAGCAUUAAUUGAACUUUCACACAAGAGCAAGCGACCGAUCAUCAUGACUUGUAAUAACGAUACACAAAACAUACCUUAUGACCAACUCUAUCUGCAGAAAAUACUUUAUUUUGAUACACCAACAAAAGAUAGCCUUGUCCCUUAUUUGCAACUUGUAUGUUAUCUAGAAAACUAUGAUCGAGUACGUACGAUUGACAUUGAAUAUCUCUGCAGACUCUAUGACUAUGAUAUCAGAAGAAUCUUGAAUACACUGCAGUUGUGGUUAAGCAAAGAUAUGCAAGAAUACUUGUUUGCGCAUAUUAUGGGUUUUGCUGAUUUAUUAGAUACCAUGAAUCUUCAGAGUCUAAUGGAUCGAUUGCAGAAUACAGAUAGCAAGACAAAGAUAAUUUGCCAAGAAUAUUAUGUGGACUAUUAUGACUGUACUCCACAUGAGUAUGACUUGAAUCAAAUCUCUCAUUUAUUGGAUAUGUGUAGCUUUGUAGAUGCCUAUAUUAGUCCCACAGACAAACAAAUACACCAGGUGAGUUCCAGAAUAUCUAUAAAAAACACUCACACGAUACUAGUUGUAUGACAUCGAUCAAUAUAAGCACGAAAAGAAUGAUAUCCAGAACAGUAAAAUGAUAUACAAGAAUCCAACCGAUCUAGACCAUUGGUAUUUAGGAGAAAUCAUUGAGAAUUCAAUCAACACUAGUAACAAUAGCUGGUGUAACUACUCAUGGUAUCACACAAGGUAAUCAUUGCAUUACUAUUCAAUUUGCUAAUACUCUAUAGUAUAUAUUUAAAACAAUGUUUGAACUUAGAUGCAGUGUUAUUUAAAAAACAUUAU